AUGCACCUCAGAUACUUCUUCCCACUUCUACUUGGCCUCGGCCUUCCUCUGGCCUCUGCCUAUGAGCGGAUCCCGGCCAACGACACCGCGCCUUGCCCUCAUCCAGACGACAUCGUCUACUCCCCGUUCACCCCAUGGUUUAACUUCUACUCCGGCGGCAAACGCUCAUCUUUCUGCUGGAAAGCUGCCAUCUGCACCCUUGAGCCCGCUGACGAGGCGCGCAAACAGCAGUUCGGCGCCACGGCGCUGGUCAUGGGUCUGCUUCCACUUACGCUGCGCGACAUCGCCUGGCCGGAGCGGAGAAUCGUGUUGGUUUCUGCGCCGUUGCCGCGGCUCGCGGCAGUGGUGGUUAGGGGGUUGGGACUGGAACCAACGGUCAAGCGAGAGAUGAUGACGUGGGGAGAGGAUGAUGUGCAUCGGUGGAUGACGUGGGUACGCGGGAGUUGGUUCGCAGGGUUUGCGCGGCAGUCGAAGUCUGCGAUGAGAAUGCUGCUUGCAGUAUGCUUUGCAGCGUUGAUGGUGACGUAUGGGGCACUAGCGGUGGUGGAGUUGUAUUCAAAGGGCAGCGCGCUGGGCUGUACCUAUCCAGUUUUCGCGGUGACUUGGUGCAUUACCGGCGUUCUUCCGGCGAUUGUGCAUACUUUGUUUGAAAGCUGGCGCCGGCGGAAGGAUGUAAACGGGAAAACCAAAACGGGCAGGCCUUCUGCAGUGCAGGGUGUUGACGAGGCAUGGCCUGUGCAGCUCUCGUGGGCGAUUUACUACACUGCUGGGACGCUGAUAUACACCUCAAUCAUGGCCGUGACAGUCCUGGAGCUUUUUGUGUGGGUUGCUAUUCAGCUUUGUGUGACUGCGGCGAGCAAGCUGCUUGCUCUAUAUAUCUGCAUAUCGCUGCGUGAUCCUGUCGAGGAUGAUGCUACAUUGGACCUUUCCGCGGCCACGGAGAAUGGUGGCCCGUUGAAAGCUGACAGAUAA